AGAGAAGCAGUUGAGAAUACAGAAGGAAUUAGACAAAAAAUGAAAAAGGGGACCGUAAGGGUCUGUUAUUACUGUUUCGAUUGUGAUGAAAAGAACCUAUGAGUCUUGGUAGACCAUGGAGAAUGAAGCAAACUCUUUCCAUGUUGAGUUCCCAGACUUCUCAUGCUCCCUCCUGAAGAAGCUGAAUCAGCAGCGUCAGAGGGGUCAGUUGUGUGACCUCAUUGUGUGUUUAGGUGUCCACCAGUUCAGAGCCCACCGUGCUGUACUUGCAGCCAGCUCCCCCUACUUCUGUGACCAGGUGCUGCUGAAAAACAGUGCCCGUGUUGUCCUGCCUGAUGUCAUGCAUCCGUCUGUGUUUGAACGGCUCCUCUUAUCCUGUUACACAGGAGCCCUCUCAGUACCAUCUAGUGAGGUGGUGGCUUUCCUGACUGCUGCUAGCUUUCUGCAAAUGUGGCAUGUGGUGGACAAGUGCACUGAACUUUUAGAGAUAGGAAAGACAGGAAGUGCUCAUUUUGAACAGGACAUAUCCCCCAAAGAAGAUGGUUAUUACAUAGAUGGUGAAGAGAGGAGAGAGUUUGAGGGAAUCAUUCGGACAGGUGGUCAAAGGGAUGAGAUUGGGGUAGAAGAGCUGUUGGAGGACGGGGUUUCUAUACCUGCACUGGGGCCAGGCACUUCACAGAGUGCAAGUUGUUCUCCUCAUGAAAAGUCUAGUAGUGAUAGUGGGGAGCCAGAUGCAGCUGAGAAUGAGCAUUUAAGACCUGCUUAUGUGCCUCCCAGCAUUAUGGGUCUCAGAAAAAAGGUGCACAUAAAAUCUGAAAGGCAGAGUCGUGAAGAUUGUGGUGCCUUUUUUGGCAAUGAGGCUCACACUGCCUCUGAUUCAGAUCAGCUCAGACACACCGCAGAGGUCAUGCAGGAGUGUUUGGAGGGGAAGUUGGUGACACACCUUGAGGAGAGCUUGGAUGAGGACAGCUCCUAUGAAGAGCCUCAGGACUUCUAUGGGACCUCCACUGGGAGAUUCUCCCAAGAUGGUGAUGAAGACUGUCCUGUAGUGUCUAAGGAUCUGCAGACAGAUGGAAGUGCAGGUGUAGUUAUGGAUGAGCAAAACAGCUCUCAGGAAAGCGGAGACACAAAAGAGCAGACCACCCACUCAGGGUUUGCAUCUGUAGUCUACAAACUCUACCCAUGUCAGUGUGGCAAGAGCUUCACCCACAAGAGUCAGAGAGAUCGCCACAUGAGCAUGCACUUGGGUCUGCGGCCAUUUGGCUGUGCUGUAUGUGGAAAGAGCUUCAAAAUGAAGCACCAUCUGGUGGGCCAUAUGAAGAUACACACUGGAAUCAAGCCUUACGAGUGCAACCUCUGUUCAAAACGCUUCAUGUGGAGAGACAGCUUCAACCGCCAUACCUCUACCUGUGCCAGGGCACAGCAGGCCCGGAGAAAUCGAGAAGAGCAUUCCUCCUAGGUCUGUUAAUUUCAGAGGGCAUUGGGUGACCAAACAGAGUGAUUGUUCCAAAUAAGCAUGACAUUCCAUCAUGUCAUUUAGGUUUUAGAGGAAUAGACAUCUUCACUGGUCAAGCUUAAUACUGGAACAUUCAGAAGCUGAUAGUAUAAUUCUCUGUUUCCUAAAAUUUCUGGGGUUGUCUUUUAAUGUUCCCCUGCACAUCCCACUUAUGAAAUGGUGUCACAACAGCCAAAUUGGUUUAAAAGCAAUUUUAAACUGUAGCAUAUGAAGAACUUCAAAUGCAAUUGAAUGAUGCAAAUUUGGAAAAACAAACAUACUUUUGUUAUUUCUUUGCAGGCUUUUAUGAAUUUGCUUGUCCCAAUCAUUGAUACCUUUUGUGCUUCUCUAAUCUGGGUGGACCCUUAAUUUUCAUUGUUGUCUAGGGCAGGAUGAAAAAUGUCUGAGCCAUUUUAUACAUUGAAUCUGUCUCAUUAUUAAGGUUCUUUAGCAGUUAAGUCUUAUAAAACUACUUAAUGUUGCUUUUAAUUAUGCAUUCUUUUGAACCUAUUAUCUAACCUCUUUUUCUGUGACAUUGUUAUUCUGCAACAUUUUUAGGAAAUGUUAAUCUAUUUUUCAAGUUUCUAAAUAGGUAUAAGGCAUCAUCAAAAUGUGCAAAAUAUGUAUAUAUGAGAACUUAUUGGAUCAUAACAAUGUACACAUCCUUACUGUUAGAAGAAUUGAAACCUUAGAAUAUGUGUUGGUAAAAAUUAACACCAAAACAGAAAUAAAAAGAGACAAAUGUGUAAAGGGCUGUAAUGUAAUAGAAUAGGAUAUGAAUAUUUGCAUGCCUUGUUAUUUAAUGAAGCUGUUGUAAAGUAAGCUUCAGCAUUAUUGUCUAUUUGUGCAUUUUCUGAUGAAACACUGAUGCUUGUGAUUAUUUUCAUCACACCAUCAACAUGUUUUAAUUGUUGUACAAAAGUUAAUGACUCAUCAAACUGACCUCUAGCUACCAUUGUGCUUUUGAGAAAUUCACCUAUGGGUGGCAGUCAGUGAAUUUGCACAUUCUAUAGUCUGUAAAAGAGUCCCACCUUCUGCACAAGGUUUGAGAAAUGCAUAAGAUUCAUAGGCUGUAUUCCAGUAUUGCUUUCUACUAAACAAAAAUAACUGUGGUAACCUUAAUCCCCAAUUGCAGCAGGGAUGCUGAUUCUUUAACUGCCAAAUGUUAUUUGCUUCUAGUAGAAGUAGAUGAUGUUAUUUAAUAUUGAACAUAACCUCAAUUACAACAAAACCUCAGAUUUUAUGAUUUUAGUUUUCACAAAGAAGAAAGUUGAAUACCUGAACUAUAGAUUUGUUUUAGUACAGUCCUUCAAUCUCAUUAAUGUGUAUUCAUAUGAUUUUACAUGGCUCAAAGAAAACAAGCAAAAUGGCAAUAAAUUGGCAGACAUACAGGGCCUGUCAGCUUAAUGGCUAUUGCUAUGUUAAAGACCGUUUCAGUAAUAAUGGAAGAUAGGAUAUUUUGAUGUUUGUUAAAGAAAUUCUCAAUUUGUAAAAAUUAAACUAUAUAUCUAUACAGCUAUGUAUUGUGAAAUUUCUUUUAUUCACAAUCUUAAUUCAUAUAAUUUUCUGGAUUUAAGACAUUUUAACAAGUCAUUAAGUAAACCAAUCAUAUUCUGUUGUGGGAGAUUCAAGAGUAGCAAUAACUACUAAAGUAUAGAGCAGCUUUACUUUGGCAUUGGAUACAGGGCUGCAGUCUCAGAAAGCAUAAUCUAGGCCCACAAGUCUUUGUUCUCAAUUUUGAUCAAGUUUAGUUUAGGCUGUUUAUCCUAUGGCUAAAGUUUAUUCAUUUAUUUAUUUUUUAUUUUUUAAUUUUUUUAUUUAUUUACUUUUUUUUUUUUUUUUUUUUUUUUUUUUUUUUGCUUUUGUAACCUCAAAAUCAUCAAUAUGUGAUAGACCUACCUGUUGAAAAUGAAAAGUGGCUCAGAGAUUUUCCUUCGGGAGUAUCCCUUGCCUUUUUAAAUUUUUUAUUUCUUGUUUGUUUCUUCUUAUAGAAGAACUUUAUAAGACGUUUGUAUAAAGAUGUGUUAAGCAAUAAAUGUUUUAUUACUA